CUCAGUGCACAGGCUGUUCCCAGUGACAGUCGAGGAAACUCAGGCCAAAGUGAAGGGAAACUGCUCUGCGUACACGCCCAAAGCCACUUCCAAUUUAGGGGACAAGGAGCAUAUUGAAACUCCCAUUACCCAAGUCCCGCCUCCCAGUCCCCUACUAGGCAGGGGCUCCACUCUGACCACAUUCUCAGGCCCUCACUGGGGGGUUAUAGGUGGGGCUUCACUCCUGACCACGCCCCCGCACACCCCUGGGGACUCUAGGGGCGGGGCUCCACCCUGACCACGCCCCCAGCCCCUCCCUGGGGACUCUAGGGGUGGGGGAGUUGUGACGGUGAGGUUUACUCCCAGCCUUUUCUUGGGCCCUGGAUUAGAUCCGGGCUUCUACCCCAGACCGUGAAAAGGAACACUCCCAGCAACUCUUAAUUCUAUUUUACAUUGGUCUGUAGAAAAGCAGCGGUGCCUGGGGAGUGACUUAGCACUUUGCCUGACUUGCCAAGGCUCUGGGUUCCAUACGCAGAACCCAAAACUGAAAACAAUGAGCUAUUUUCCUGCUACUUGCCAGUGUGUUGAGCACAACAGGCCAUCCAUUUGGGAAGCAAAAUGUCCCUUCAGCUUCUCAUGAACUGAAUCAUGACACUGGUUGGCUUGCAAACCCAUGGAUAAUUUUUCUUUUGACUUUGAGACAGUCUCGUAGCCUGGAACUCCUGCCCCUCCAUCUCCUGCGCAUUGGGAUUACAGCCAUGUACCACCAGGCCCCGGGUUUUAUUAGUUUUUAAUGAAGUUCCAGUCUGCAGCCCAACUUGGCUUCAGACUUUCAGCUAUGUCCUCACCUCAAGUCUAGACAGCUGGGGAGCUGAGGUGAUAAGCCUGUGCCACCAUGUCCAACUAGCCCUCGACUCGAUUUGGCCGGGCUAUCCCAUGUAGUCAAGAGUGGGACAGCUGUGUGCCCCAAGUCUCCAGUCAGGCUUGAAGCUACCGUGGACUCACUCACAGCACCUGACCUUCUAGGCUGGCUAAUGUGCUUGACAUAGAGUUACAGCCGGGCCCCUCCCAGUCCCCAGAGCCAUACUGCCUAGCAACAGCUGUGCCAGGCAGGACGCACAGACCUCCCUGGAGCUCCACAGGCAAGACUCAGGGACACGGGCAAGCCAGGUGAGUGGUUGGGGGUGUUCUUGGGCCGUGUGGCAUCACCCGCUCUGUGCCAGGCCGACUGAGUACGGAAACUCACUCGGAGUUCUGUGCCUCUGCAGCUGUUCAUUUGUGCUCGCAAUGGACACCGUCAACGCCACCAUGGAGAGGCUGAGGGCUCAGUGUCUGUCCCGAGGGGCCUUGGGCAUCCAGGGCCUGGCCAGGUUCUUCCGCCGCCUGGACAAGGAUGACAGCCGGUCCCUGGAUGCAGGGGAGCUGAGGCAGGGCCUGGGACAGCUGGGGCUGGAGGUGGGGGAGGCAGAGGCGGAGGCGCUGUGCAAGCGCUGGGACCGUGAUGGCAGCGGGACACUGGACCUGGAGGAGUUCCUGCGGGCACUACGGCCCCCCAUGUCCCAAGCCCGGGAAGCUAUCGUUGCAGCUGCCUUUGCCAAGCUGGACCGGACUGGCGAUGGUGUGGUGACUGUGGAUGACCUGCGAGGGGUAUACAGUGGCCGGGCUCACCCCAAGGUGCGCAGGGGAGAGUGGACGGAGGAUGAAGCCCUCCACCAAUUCCUCGACAACUUUGACACACUGGAGAAGGAUGGGCAGGUGUGUUCACUUGGUACCUCCCACAGGGGCAGCAUGCCUGGCCUGGGUCCCCCUCACAGCGUGCACCCCCUCACAGCGUGCACCCCCACAGGUCACACUAGCUGAGUUCCAAGACUACUACAGCGGACUCAGCGCUUCAAUGGAUACAGACUCAGAGUUCGUGGCCAUGGUGAGCAGUGCCUGGCGCCUCUGACAUGGCAGCCCUCACCUGCCUAGCAGCUGCCUUUAGCCUAGUUCCCUGACCCACCUGCUACCCUGUUACCACUGUCCUGGGGCCCCAACUAGACACAGGGAGGGGAAUGUGUGAGAAG